AUGCCUACAAAAAAUCAAUUGAUUCGUGAUGGUAGAGAAGAAAAACGGCGCACGGACCGUACUCGAGCUUCGGAUCAAUGUCCCCAGAAGCAAGGAGUAUGCCAGCGUGUUUCGACGAGAACACCGAAAAAACCUAAUUCAGCUCUACGUAAGAUAGAAAAAGUACGGUUGAGCAAUCGACAUGAUAUAUUUGCUCACAUUCCAGGCGAAGGUCAUAAUUCGCGGGAACAUUCUAUAGUCUUAGUCAGAGGAGGUAGAGUGAAAGAUUUGCCAGGUGUGAAAUCCCAUCGUAUUCGAGGAGUCAAGGAUUUGCUGCGAAUUCCGGAUCAUAGAAAGGGAAGAUCUAAAUAUGGUGCAGAAAGACCUAAAUCGAAAUGA